AUGUCGCAGUACGGACCCCCAGGUUUACGGAUUUCAUCCCUGUCACCCAUUUCGCCCAUUGCCGCCUCGUCAUCGUCGACCGGAGCGGGACCCGCCCUUCCUCCGCCGCCCUCCGCAAGGGGAGGUGGAGCCGGGCCGGGAUCCGAAACAUCGGCCGGGACGCCGUCUCAAAACGCCCAUCAACCCCAGCCUCCGCAGCACAAGCGCGUCUACCAGGCUUGUAUUCCGUGUCGCCGCCGCAAGGUGCGCUGUGAUCUUGGUUCUGUCGACGACCCACACGACCCUCCCUGUGUCCGCUGCCGCCGUGAGAGCAAAGAUUGCUAUUUUAGCGCCACACGACGCAAGCGCAAGGUUGACGAUGGCUCGCUGGACGGUCACGACAACGACGAGUACAUCAUCCGCAAUGGCCGCAAGCAGCUGCGCCCCGGCUCACCACCGCCCCUGGACGGCCGUCUCUACAGCGACGUACCCCUCACUCCAGGGGGUAGCCACGGCCGAUACCAACCGCUGAGGCGGCCGACGGAGUCGAAGAGCGUUCGUGGCAGCAGCACGGGCGGUGAGUUCGGAAAUGGUGAGGCCAAUACUCCUCUCGAGAACCUGGAGGCCCGGACUGUCAUGCGGAGGGAAGUGUAUGGGCCACACGACGCACUCGAGCUGCUCCUCAACGCGGCUACCGACAACGCGUCUCAUAAGCCAGAUGAUGACCCUGCUCCUGUGCGGAACACGACUCAGGUUAGCUCCCACCAUGCUCAUCACGACGCCAACCCGCGAAGGUUAUCUAGCACCAUCACUCCGCGGGCCUACCAGAGCCGGCAUUUGUCACGGCCUGAGGGCCCGACAACCGAGCAAGCAAUCGAUCCAGAGCUGACCAAACGUCAUCCGUCUACCGAGCCCGGCUAUCAUGAAGCGCUCGAGGCUUGGGGGCGUUUCCGCUUCGUGCGCGCGGGAUGGUUCACCGCUCAAGAAGCUAUCGACUACAUCGACUACUACUACAAAUACCUAUCCCCUCUGACCCCCAUCUCGCCGCCAACAUUUCACAACCCGGCAUCCCACUUGACCCUGUUAACAGAGGAGCCGAUACUUACUGUGACGCUCUUGACGAUCUCAUCCAGAUACCGCCAGUUGCCUGGCACCGGAGGUCACUGCCGCUCUCACGCGAUCCACGAGCAGUUGUGGACGUAUCUGAGAGGUAUGAUUGAGCGAGUUGUAUGGGGCCAAGAAGCUUUCGGCGGCGGCUUCUGCGGCUCGGGAGCCGAUGACACGCAAAGCUCCAGCACGGCCCCGUGGCGUGGUCUGCGCAGGGGCAGUUUGAGAACGCUCGGGACCAUUGAAUCUCUGCUGAUUCUAACAGAAUGGCAUCCGCGAGCGCUCCACUUCCCCCCAAAGGAAGCCACAGAUGAGCUGAUGCUCCCUUCACAUAACUCACCAGACCAUACCGGCCCUGAUGGGAACCACAAACCGUCGGCUGGUUUCGGCGGUCGAAGAAUUGAGAGCUGGCUGGAGCCAGCGUGGCGCAGUGACCGCAUGUGCUGGAUGCUACUGAGCACUGGGUUGGGGCUGGCUUACGAGCUUGGUAUUUUCGAUGACAUCGACGAGCUACUUGCAGCUGGGGCCAUCACGCGGCCCGAGUACGAGGAAGAGUCCUACCGAUUGCGGGCGAACCGCAUCAAAAGGCUGCUCCUGAUCUAUCUUAGCCAGCUGGCUGGCCGUCUCGGUUGGACAAACAUGGUGCCAGAGAAGUUGCGCAAGGCGGAUCCUUCCUUGUCGCGGAGAAAGCGCCAUUCAGUCGAAGGGACCACCCCGGGAACAAACCCGUCGUCUCUGUCAAACUCGUUCAACUACAUCCCUGACUUGGAGCUAGACGAUCAAAUCAUCCACUGCUGGGCGGGAAUCAGCAAUGCCAUGCAACUCGGUAACGAGAAACUGUUCAGGUCCCGGAAGCACACUACUGAGAUCAUCCAGAGCCGCAAAUACAUUGAAAUGCUGAAAGAUUUCCAGCCCGUGCUGAAAGACUGGUGGAACCAAUUUGAGCGCUUCCGGUUACCUCCCUAUAUCCGGCACAUCCUCACUAUUGAGUACGAGUACGUGCGAAUCUACAUCAACUCGCUCUCCCUGCAAGCAGUCGUCGAGCGUUGCACCAGUAAUGCCGGCGGCGGCGACUCGGGCGCCGGUGGGAGCGUGUCGGGCCACUCCGGGCCGCAGCUGUCGCCACAGACGCAAAACUACUACGGCAGGCUGCCGCUGGGGCAGCUAGGUGGUUAUGGUGCCGACGACCAAGAGUACGUGAGGGAGGUUGUUUACGGCAGUCGAAACCUGCUCCGGACCGUCGUGGAGGGCCUGCUCCCUGGCGGUUACCUGAAGCACGCGCCUGUGCGAACCUACUUCCGCAUCAUCAGCGGCGCCAUGUUCCUACUCAAAACCUUCGCGCUGGGCGCGCCCAAGUCGGAUGUUGAAUUGAGCAUUGGCUUGAUGGACCAAACGGUGGACGCGCUUCGAAAUUGUGUGGUAGACGACGUCCACCUGGGCAUACGCUUCGCCGACAUGCUCGAGACACUGACCAGCCGGUUGAGGAACCGGUUCAUCUAUGCCCCGCCAGCUCCCGUUUCGACGGAUGGUAGAUCGCCUGGCCCGACGCACGGAGAUUUGGCCAACGGCAGCGGCACGAACGGGAUGUUGGGACACAACGGUGGCUCCCACGAUGGGUGGCUCAAGGCGAGGGAGGGACUCGGACCUGAACGGUCCACAACCCCGGCCAACAUCUCUGCCACCCCCUGGGAUCUCACGGCAGGAACUCUCCCCUACCCGACGGGAUCGGCAUCCAUGUUUGGCCCGUCCACUCCCGCCGCCACCACGGGUCUUGAGAACAACGGCGCAAGCAACGGUGCUCUUCCUGACGGCCCGCUGUUCGACAACCCGGUCUGGGCCAACCCCAACGACGAGAUGUGGUACCUGCCUACAGGGCCGGCUUUCUUCCAAAACAUCGAUAACAACGCUGUGUCGAUGACAGCGGAAGGCGUGAAUGUUGGCGGCAUGGACUUGCUCGAGUACAUGGCAAUGGACUCGAUGGACCACCAUAGCUUCAACAUAGAUGGAUCUGCUUUCUGA